GAAGGAGCAGGAGUCAGCUGACACCACUCGCACUGGUUUGUCACUGGGACCAGCGCCGUUCACUAUGGAGGACCAGGAGAUGCAGCUGAAAGUCAGACGAGUGACUGACAAGUUCACAGAGAGCAUGUACGUGCUGGCGAACGAGCCGUCGGUGGCUCUGUACCGACUGCAGGAACACGUCAGGAGGUCGCUGCCUGAGCUGGUGCAGCACAAGACAGAUAUGCAGAGCUGGGAGGAGCAGAGUCAAGGAGCCAUCUACACUGUGGAGUACGCAUGCAGUGCCGUGAAGAGCAUGACCAACAGCAGCAUGUAUUUCAAAAACAUCGAUGGCCUCCUCCGUCAAGCCAUCAGCUUGAAGGAGCAGAUAAGCAACUCUCAAGGACGCAGCUGUCAUGAUGUGACCCCCCCUCCCAGUACCCUUGUCUCUGCUCUACAUGCCCCACCCUCUUCCUCAUGUCAUCUGAACAAAGGUGUUCAAGGAAAAGGACCAUUGACUCUGGCGCACCAAAGGAAGGUGGAGAAAAGCACAACUCUGGGAUGUGACGUGGCUUCCUGAGCAGGCAGUUUUGCUUUCUACAGCUCUGGUACCUUAUGAUUGUGGCUAAUGUGGGGUCAUAAGGACGACACCUCCUCAUCACAAUGGAGUGACUGCCUCCACUGGCCCCAUAGUACAAGCCGCUGAGUGGAACAGAGCACCACAGCGCUGCCAGGUUCAGCAUUAAAAACACUUAAGUCAUGGACGCUGCUCAAAGAAUGCAUUGUUCUCUCUGGACUGGCUGGAUGGACCAGAGAGAAAGCAGCAGAGCUGUUUUUGCUUCUGCUGUUGAAAAUCAACAGUAAUGCCAGUGUCUUGGACGCUGGAUUUCACUUAUGUUUUAAUUUUUUUGUUUAUUGUCGGUGGCUACAUACUGUGAGUAGCCUGCUUAUAAAUUAUAAAAGCUUAAAACACAUUCACAUUGAAAACACACAAAAGUGUGCUAGAAGGCAACAACAGGUCUCUAGCUCCAACUUGUAUUUCAGUGUCCAAGUGUAUAUUCAUGUCAGAUUGUGAGAAAUGUUCUUCAAGAGAGAAUUCAGACUUUAAAAACAAAAGAAUCCCAUUAUUCUUUCAGUUUUGUUUCUUACCUGCUAAGUAGACAGAGAUCCCCAGGCAGAAGAGUCCAAUAGCCACAUGUCGCACAGAUCUGCUAUCCAAGAGGAACCAGUCUGCUCUGUUGAUAGAAAUGUCAUGUAGUUAAUGUCAUGCUUCAGAUGCAGUAUGUGUACACUUACAUAGUUUUAGUUUUUAGAAUUAAUUUUU